CGCCAAGAUCUAACACGAGAGCGAUGAAAUAUGCCAAAUCAUUUAGGUACACAGAACCUAAGCAAAAUAAUAUAUCAAUACCGAUAAUGAUACAUAUGGACACUGCAGUGACACAUCAAAUGGCCAAACUAAAAGGAUACAAGAAAACAAAAGAAGGACGAAGAAGAUUGAAUUUUGCACCCAAACUUAUUUUGCGGGAAGUUGAAAAAUUAUUAAAAAGUUUAGAUCAAAGAGUGCAUUUAAAAUUAGUGAAUUUUAAAAUAGUGACCAAUCAGACUUUGGAUAUGGAUGAAAAUGUUAGUGAAUAUUUGAAAAACUACUGCGCGUGGCAGAAAAGUAUGAAAGUCAAGAGAGGUGAAACGUACUUUUCCGUUUUGCUCACUGGACUGGAAGUGUACUAUAUUGGGAAGAAUGGACAAAAAGUUAGAGAAAGCACAGGUCGUGGUUACAUGGGCAGGAUGUGCAGCGUGCACCGAAGCUGCGCUGUGGUGCAGUGGCACGAGAGAGACUUGGUGUAUCUGCUGGCACAUGAGAUUGCUCACAGUUUGGGUGUAUACCACGACGGCACAAAUAACAGCUGCCGCGCUGGCUUCAUCAUGGCUAACCAGUACAGUCGAGAAAAUGUACCGCAGCAUUGGUCUACAUGCAGCAAAACUCAUCUUGAAGAGUUUUUAAGGAAUAAGGAGAAAUCAUGGUGUGUAAACACGAAAUUGAAGAACAGAAGGAAGAGGAACUAA